GUAAGCAAUUCCAGCGUAUUGAACUGAGGGCAUUCAAUAUACAAAUUGACUGAGAAUGUUCAGCCUAUAAAAAAACCAUCCGCAGUCAACCGACCACAGCCAGACGACAUUGACUAAGCUACUGCUGCUGUACACGUUGCAUAAGCUUAGAAAACUUAGCGAUCUGACGGUCAGGUUUUCCAAGUUCAUCAAGCUGAAGAUGUUCCGAUUUACAGCCAUAUUGUUGGUCCUUGGCAUGGUGGCCAUCCAGGCUUCUCGCGCAAGGCCGGAGACCCGUCGAUAUGAAACGAAUCUCAAGGAUUCGCUCAAACGACGCGAGGAUUUGGAUCUGGUGAACCAGUUGCUCGAACGCCUUCUGGCUUCGGAAGAAAAACGCGAGGUGCAAAAAGAUUGUCCCGAAGCGACCAUCUGCAGCAUAGGAGAAUGCUAUUAUGUGACAGAUACACCCCCUGGAUAUGGACUUGUAUUGUACAAUCGGAACAGCGACAAGUUACUCUUUCAGUUCGACGAGGACACACUUCGCAGGCUUGAUGACAAAAAGACAAACGUUACUGUGGCUCUGCUGAGCACGUACUUUCCUUACACCUCGGAGGACUUCGAAGUCGACGGGGAGACUUACAAUGUUAAGGUGGACAAUGUCACUGUCGACGAUGAGGGCAAUAUCACUGUCGAUGGCUUCUGCCUUGUCUUAAAGGAAGAAUGGUCCAGGCAGGUGAAUUGGAUUCGAGGGUUAUUUGGCUUUAAAAAUUAAAGUUGGACUGACACUUUUGAGGUUAAGAUCACGUAGAAGAUAUAAACUCUGCGUGGAAUGUCCCAUUCUUUUUUAGCCUCUCGCCACCUGAUUGAAGAAAAGAAAUUGCAUUGCAUUAUAGCGUCGGUGAGACCACAAUGUUGCUUCAGGACUGACUUUACUUAUUUUCUGCAGGUUUAAUUGGCUUUUGCUAAGAUGGAGGGAUAAGGUCUUGAACUACCUAUCGUAGGAAUUGGGCUUUUAUUUGAUUAAUGAAAAUUUCAAUGUAUAAGUUCACUGAAUGGACAGUCAGUAGGCAGAAGGCGAAGAGCUUUUUGACGCUGAGUCGGCAAAGCCUUAGUGACACUGGUUCGGAACCAAUCAGGACAAACAAAUAGAUUAAUGUGAACAUUGGGUUAAGAAAAAGACUGCUAGGUUUACCUUCUCGCAGACUACAUUUAUACAUUUAUGUCCUAUCUUUUGGGGGAAAAAAUCUGUAGUUUUAACUGACCAAAAGGCCACCUUAGUGUUGCAUUCAAAGAUUCCUUUUUCUCUCUCUCAUUAUAGAGACAACUCGCAAGGAGGUUUUAUUGAGGGCGCUCUUUGUUUAGCAAUAGUUUGAUAACUAUGGUCGAGUUCGGGCGGCUUGUUCCAGAUCGUGUGUGUUUACGAACAGUUAUCGCUCGUAGUAGUACUACACGUACAAGCAAAAUGGCGGCGUCCGAAUUCUUUCUAUUUAAAAAGGAACAUUCAUUUCUGUGUGAUGGAAAAUUAUUACUAAGAUAAUUUGCAAAACUUCCCAUUGUCUCCGACUUUGUAAGCCAUCUUGCUAUUUUUGCGGCUGAUCAACAAUCAAAUCUCACGAGUUUUUCUGUGUGUUCCCGUAAAACCCUGACGAGGAGGUGGUGCGUAAUUCUGUUCCGAGAACAGUUUUCUUGGGUCGUGUUCCCGCCAUUCGAGCGCGAGAACAAGAAACCCGUGUCAAGAACUGGCCGCCCGAGCUCGACCAUCACUUCAAGAGCAUACAGCUCUUUAAAUAAAUGUAUUGUUUACUGUCAUUAUUUGAAGUUUGGUAAUACGGGCGAUUCACAAUAGAGCGCCUGCAAGUGUUUUUAACGCGUUGGCCAAUCACAACGUGCGAAAUCUGUCGGCUCUGCUGCUCAGCAUUAACUUCCUAUGUGUGAAUUGAAGUGACCGCGCGGCCAUCUACAGAUAUUCAAUACAAUGGCCUCUAACUUCAGUCUCAAGUUCACUCAGUGUAUUCAUGCACAGCGCUAAAGCCAGUGACUUGGAAAAUACCAUUGUAUCGAAAAGCCUAAGAUGGCCUUGCAGGCACUUCAAUUCGGAGAGCAGAGCUGCCUAUCUAGUGUUUAAAGAUCAGUGGUCGACCCUUACCAAACGCGUCGACAGAUUUCGCGCAUUGUAAUUUGCCAAUACGUUGCCAACUCUUGGAGGCGCACUAUUGUGAAACGUAUUUGUUCAUCACUUUGCUUAAAUCGAGAAAUAAUUUUUCCAUUACUACGGGUCGUAGAGGUAUUGGUAGUGUUUUACUGAUGGUGUUCGGGCUUGUUAACAUGUAGCGCAAUUAAAAAUUGACAACUGCUUGCAUAUGCAUUUGUGUCAAGAA